CAUUAUUCAGUCUUUAAUUAGAAGGUCCAAAUUUCUAUCAAACACAUUGUUGUGGAGAUAUAUGGCUGCUGUAACUUCAGUUAGCGCAGGCUCAUCUCUACAGCACCGAUUUCAUUCUAUUACUAGUAGUUGUUAUUCAAGUACCAAAGAAUCUGUGACAUAUGGCUUAGCUACAACAGUAAGCAGAAGAUUUUCAUUGAGGCUGAGCUACUACCCCUCGACCCUCAGAAUCAGAAAUGCAGCAACCAAACCUGCAAAAUCACCAGCUGAAGAAGAGUGGUCAACUAAACGGGCAUAUCUGCUUGAAAAAAGGGUGAGGAGUGUAGAGCCAAAGGAAGCGCUCAGACUUCAGCAAGAGAACAAUUUUGUGAUUCUUGACGUACGACCAGAGGCGGAAUUCAAAGAGGCUCAUCCAGAAGGAGCUAUUAAUGUCCAGAUAUACAGGCUAAUAAAGGAAUGGACAGCAUGGGACAUUGCUAGACGGGUUGCUUUUGCCUUUUUUGGCAUAUUUUCUGGAACUGAAGAGAACCCCGAAUUCAUACAAAUGGUUGAAUCUAAAAUAAACAAGGAUGCAAAGAUAAUAGUGGCUUGCUCAUCCGGGGGUACAAUGAAGCCUACCCAAAAUCUUCCCGAGGGCCAACAGUCAAGGUCACUAAUUGCUGCAUAUUUGCUAAUUCUCAAUGGCUAUACUAACGUAUUUCAUUUGGAGGGAGGGCUCUAUAAUUGGUUCAAACAAGGAUUACCAGCAGUUUCUGAAGAGUGAAGUUUCGGUUAACUUGUUGCACCAAUUUCCUAAUUUGUACAGAGAAUUAGAUAUCGAACCCUCCAUUAUUUUUGCUGAGAUUGAUAUUGUAGAUUAUCAAGUUUUGAGAGUUUAAUGCUUUCCAUUCAUGUGUCCACUACCAUUUCUAAUAUACAUAUUCACUGUCUUUAUUAGCGACA